UGCCGCCGCCGCUACCGCCGCCGCCGCCGCCACUGGCCGAGCGGUUUUUUUUCCUUUUUUUUCUUUUUUUCUUUUUUUUUUGGUUUGCCGGAUCCGCCAUAUUGGCGAGGACGGGCAUCCGCGGCUGCGGAAGCUAGUCUCCGCUGCCGCCGGAGCCGCAACCUCUCAGUACCCGGCCCGUCCGGGCCUCAGCCGUGCGGGGCCCCUCCCCGCGUUGCUCCCCUCACAGGCCUCGCGGGAGCCCGCCGCUGCCGCCUCUCUCCCGGGAGGCGGCCGCCCCAGCCCCCGGUGCUCCGGUCGGUGCCGGGAGCAAGGAGCGACCCGCAGCAAAGCGAUCAGGCCCAGAGCCGGUAAAGAGGCGGCGACCAGGGGAAGGUGAAGCCGCCGCUGCAGGAGGAGGAGCAGGAGGAGGUGACGCAGGAGAAACGCACCGUCCGGAGCCCGUCUGAGCUCAGCGAGAACCCCGGCCCGAAGGGAGAAGGGGGAAGAGGGCCGCCGCCGCCGCCGGCUGAGGAGGAGGAGGAGGAGGCGGCCGCGGCCACUGCUGCUGAAGGGCGGGCGCGGCGAGCGGCGAAUUCCGGCGCCCCCUGUGUAGCUCCCUGGUCUUCACGCCCGUAGCCUCUCGACCCACUUUGUCGCCAGUCACCCCCGGGCCUGGGAUGCACCCAGGGUUGCCCUUGCCCUGGGACUGAGUCUUGCAGCUGCCUGCUGCUUCCGCGUGCCCUGGUUGUGAGGAGAAGACGCCUGUGUCGUGCGGUUAUGCAAUGGUCUCUGCAAGAUGGUUUAUUCUUGAAUUGGAGCUUUUUAAGACUGACAAAUGCUGGUACUUCAUCUUCUAUAAGUGGACUAUAAUUUCUUUUCUCAAGACAACUACAUAAGCAGACAAAAUUGCAAAGAUCUGCCCUGUGUCGAGUAUGACAGCCACGACUCGUGGCUCUCCAGUAGGAGGGAAUGACAGCCAGGGCCAGGCUCCUGAUGGACAGUCUCAGCCCCCCCUCCAACAGAAUCAGACUUCAUCGCCUGAUUCUUCCAAUGAAAAUUCCCCGGCAACUCCCCCAGAUGAACAAGGUCAAGGUGAUGCCCCACCACAGCUUGAAGAUGAGGAACCUGCAUUUCCACAUACUGACCUGGCGAAGUUGGAUGACAUGAUCAAUAGGCCUCGAUGGGUGGUUCCAGUUUUGCCGAAAGGGGAAUUAGAAGUGCUUUUAGAAGCUGCUAUUGAUCUUAGUAAAAAAGGCCUUGAUGUUAAAAGUGAAGCAUGUCAGCGAUUUUUCCGAGAUGGGCUAACAAUAUCAUUCACUAAAAUCCUUACAGAUGAGGCAGUGAGUGGCUGGAAGUUUGAAAUUCAUAGGUGUAUUAUCAACAAUACUCAUCGCCUGGUGGAACUAUGUGUGGCCAAGUUGUCCCAAGACUGGUUUCCACUUCUAGAACUUCUCUCCAUGGCCUUAAAUCCUCAUUGCAAAUUCCAUAUCUACAAUGGUACACGUCCGUGUGAAUCCGUUUCCUCAAGUGUUCAGUUGCCUGAAGAUGAACUCUUUGCUCGUUCUCCAGACCCUCGAUCACCAAAAGGUUGGCUGGUGGAUCUUCUCAACAAGUUCGGCGCUUUAAAUGGGUUCCAGAUUUUGCAUGAUCGUUUUAUUAAUGGAUCAGCAUUAAAUGUUCAAAUAAUUGCAGCCCUUAUUAAACCAUUUGGGCAAUGCUAUGAGUUUCUCACUCUUCAUACAGUGAAAAAGUACUUUCUUCCAGUAAUAGAAAUGGUCCCACAGUUUUUAGAAAACUUAACUGAUGAAGAGCUGAAAAAAGAAGCAAAGAAUGAAGCCAAAAAUGAUGCUCUUUCCAUGAUUAUUAAAUCUUUGAAGAAUUUAGCUUCAAGGGUUCCAGGACAAGAAGAAACUGUAAAAAAUUUAGAAAUAUUUAGGUUAAAAAUGAUACUUAGAUUACUGCAAAUAUCGUCUUUUAAUGGGAAGAUGAAUGCACUGAAUGAGGUUAAUAAGGUGAUAUCUAGUGUAUCCUAUUAUACUCAUCGGCAUGGUAACCCUGAGGAGGAAGAGUGGCUCACAGCUGAACGAAUGGCAGAAUGGAUACAGCAGAAUAAUAUCUUAUCCAUAGUGUUGCGAGAUAGUCUGCAUCAACCACAGUAUGUAGAAAAGCUAGAGAAGAUUCUUCGUUUUGUCAUCAAAGAAAAAGCUCUGACUUUACAAGAUCUUGAUAAUAUCUGGGCAGCACAGGCAGGGAAACAUGAAGCCAUUGUGAAGAAUGUACAUGAUCUACUGGCAAAGUUAGCAUGGGAUUUUUCUCCUGAACAGCUUGAUCAUCUUUUUGAUUGCUUUAAGGCCAGUUGGACAAAUGCAAGUAAAAAGCAACGUGAAAAGCUUCUUGAGCUGAUACGUCGCCUUGCAGAAGAUGAUAAAGAUGGUGUGAUGGCACACAAAGUGUUGAACCUACUGUGGAAUCUGGCCCACAGUGAUGAUGUACCUGUGGAUAUCAUGGACCUGGCUCUCAGUGCCCACAUAAAAAUACUUGAUUAUAGUUGCUCACAGGAUCGUGACACACAGAAGAUCCAGUGGAUAGAUCGCUUUAUAGAAGAGCUUCGUACGAAUGACAAAUGGGUAAUUCCUGCACUGAAACAAAUUAGAGAAAUUUGUAGUUUGUUUGGUGAAGCCCCUCAAAAUUUGAGUUCUUCUCGUUUCAGUCAAACUCAGCGAAGUCCCCAUGUAUUUUAUCGCCAUGACUUAAUCAAUCAACUUCAGCACAAUCAUGCCCUAGUUACUUUGGUAGCAGAAAACCUUGCAACUUAUAUGGAAAGCAUGAGGCUGUAUGCUAGAGAUCAUGAAGACUAUGACCCACAAACUGUGAGGCUGGGAAGUAGAUAUAGUCAUGUGCAAGAAGUCCAGGAACGGCUUAACUUCCUUAGAUUUUUAUUGAAGGAUGGCCAACUGUGGCUGUGUGCUCCUCAGGCAAAGCAAAUAUGGAAAUGCUUAGCAGAAAAUGCAGUGUACCUUUGUGAUCGUGAAGCCUGUUUUAAGUGGUAUUCCAAGUUGAUGGGGGAUGAACCAGAUUUGGAUCCUGAUAUUAAUAAAGACUUCUUUGAAAGUAAUGUGCUUCAACUUGAUCCUUCCCUAUUAACUGAAAAUGGAAUGAAAUGUUUUGAGCGAUUCUUCAAAGCUGUGAAUUGUCGAGAAGGAAAACUAGUAGCAAAAAGGAGAGCAUAUAUGAUGGAUGAUUUGGAGUUAAUAGGAUUAGACUACCUUUGGAGGGUUGUGAUUCAAAGUAAUGAUGAUAUUGCCAGCAGAGCUAUAGAUCUCCUUAAAGAGAUAUAUACAAACCUUGGUCCGAGGCUACAGGUCAAUCAGGUGGUGAUCCACGAAGACUUCAUUCAGUCUUGCUUUGAUCGUUUGAAAGCCUCUUAUGACACGUUGUGUGUCUUGGAUGGUGACAAAGACAGUAUUAAUUGUGCAAGGCAGGAAGCUGUUCGAAUGGUUCGUGUAUUAACUGUAUUAAGGGAGUACAUAAAUGAAUGUGACAGUGAUUAUCACGAGGAAAGAACAAUUCUACCUAUGUCAAGAGCUUUCCGUGGUAAACACCUCUCUUUUAUAGUUCGAUUUCCAAACCAGGGCAGACAAGUUGAUGACUUGGAUGUGUGGUCUCAUACAAAUGAUACGAUUGGUUCAGUACGACGAUAUAUUCUCAAUCGUAUUAAAGCCAAUGUAGCCCAUACAAAAAUUGAGCUCUUUGUAGGCGGUGAACUGAUAGAUCCUGCAGAUGACAGAAAGUUGAUCGGACAAUUAAACUUAAAAGAUAAAUCGCUAAUUACAGCCAAACUUACACAAAUAAGUUCCAAUAUGCCUUCAAGCCCUGAUAGCUCUUCUGAUUCCUCAACUGGGUCUCCUGGAAACCAUGGUAAUCAUUACAGUGAUGGUCCCAAUCCAGAAGUGGAAAGCUGUUUGCCUGGGGUGAUAAUGUCACUACAUCCCAGAUACAUUUCUUUCCUUUGGCAAGUUGCAGACUUAGGUAGCAGCCUAAAUAUGCCUCCUCUUAGAGAUGGAGCAAGAGUACUUAUGAAACUUAUGCCACCAGAUAGCACAACAAUAGAAAAAUUAAGAGCUAUUUGUUUAGACCACGCCAAACUUGGAGAAAGCAGCCUUAGUCCAUCUCUUGACUCCCUCUUCUUUGGUCCUUCAGCCUCACAAGUGCUGUACCUAACAGAGGUAGUCUAUGCCUUGUUAAUGCCUGCUGGUGCACCCCUGGCUGAUGACUCGUCUGAUUUUCAAUUUCACUUCUUAAAAAGUGGUGGCCUACCCCUUGUCCUGAGCAUGCUAACCAGAAAUAACUUCCUACCAAAUGCAGAUAUGGAAACUCGAAGGGGUGCUUACCUCAAUGCUCUUAAAAUAGCCAAACUGUUGCUAACUGCCAUUGGCUAUGGCCAUGUUCGAGCUGUGGCAGAAGCUUGUCAGCCAGGUGUAGAAGGCGUGAAUCCCAUGACAUCGGUCAACCAAGUUACUCAUGAUCAAGCUGUGGUGCUGCAGAGUGCCCUUCAGAGCAUUCCUAAUCCAUCAUCUGAGUGCAUGCUUAGAAAUGUAUCCAUUCGUCUUGCUCAGCAAAUAUCUGAUGAGGCUUCAAGAUAUAUGCCUGAUAUCUGUGUAAUUAGAGCUAUUCAGAAAAUCAUCUGGGCAUCAGGAUGUGGGGCAUUACAGCUAGUAUUUAGCCCAAAUGAAGAAAUAACUAAAAUUUAUGAGAAGACCAAUGCAGGCAAUGAGCCAGACUUGGAAGAUGAACAGGUUUGCUGUGAAGCACUGGAAGUGAUGACGUUAUGUUUUGCCUUGAUUCCGACAGCCUUAGAUGCUCUUAGUAAAGAAAAGGCUUGGCAGACAUUCAUUAUUGACUUACUGUUGCACUGUCACAGCAAAACUGUUCGCCAGGUGGCACAGGAGCAGUUCUUUUUAAUGUGCACCAGAUGUUGCAUGGGACACAGGCCUCUACUUUUCUUCAUUACUCUGCUCUUUACCGUGUUGGGGAGCACAGCCAGAGAGAGAGCUAAGCAUUCAGGCGACUACUUCACCCUCUUAAGGCACCUUCUUAAUUAUGCUUACAACAGUAAUAUUAAUAUACCCAAUGCUGAAGUUCUUCUCAAUAAUGAAAUUGAUUGGCUUAAAAGAAUUAGGGAUGAUGUUAAAAGAACAGGUGAAACAGGUGUUGAAGAGACUAUCUUAGAAGGCCACCUUGGGGUAACAAAAGAAUUACUGGCCUUUCAAACCCCUGAGAAAAAGUAUCAUAUUGGUUGUGAAAAAGGAGGUGCUAAUCUCAUUAAAGAAUUAAUUGAUGAUUUCAUCUUCCCUGCAUCCAAUGUUUACCUGCAAUAUAUGAGAAACGGAGAACUGCCUGCUGAACAGGCAAUUCCAGUCUGUAGCUCCCCAGCUACCAUUAAUGCUGGUUUUGAGUUACUUGUAGCAUUAGCUGUUGGCUGUGUGAGGAAUCUCAAACAGAUAGUAGAUUCUUUGACUGAAAUGUAUUACAUUGGCACAGCAAUAACAACUUGUGAAGCACUUACAGAGUGGGAAUAUCUGCCACCUGUUGGACCCCGCCCACCUAAAGGAUUUGUGGGCCUGAAAAAUGCUGGUGCUACUUGUUACAUGAAUUCUGUGAUUCAGCAACUCUACAUGAUUCCCUCCAUUAGGAACGGUAUUCUUGCAAUUGAAGGCACAGGUAGUGAUGUAGAUGAUGAUAUGUCUGGGGAUGAGAAGCAGGACAAUGAGAGCAAUGUUGAUCCCAGAGAUGAUGUAUUUGGAUAUCCUCAACAAUUUGAAGACAAACCAGCACUGAGUAAAACAGAGGAUAGGAAAGAGUAUAAUAUUGGUGUUUUAAGGCACCUUCAAGUCAUCUUUGGUCAUUUAGCAGCUUCUCGACUGCAAUACUAUGUGCCCAGAGGAUUUUGGAAACAAUUCAGGCUUUGGGGUGAGCCUGUUAAUCUGCGUGAACAGCAUGAUGCUUUGGAAUUUUUUAAUUCAUUGGUGGAUAGUUUAGAUGAAGCUUUGAAAGCCUUGGGACAUCCAGCUAUGCUAAGUAAAGUCUUAGGAGGUUCCUUUGCCGAUCAGAAGAUUUGCCAGGGCUGCCCACAUAGAUACGAGUGUGAAGAAUCUUUUACGACUUUGAAUGUAGACAUUAGAAACCACCAAAAUCUUCUUGAUUCUUUGGAACAGUAUGUCAAAGGAGAUUUAUUAGAAGGUGCAAAUGCGUAUCAUUGUGAAAAAUGCAAUAAAAAGGUUGAUACUGUAAAGCGCUUGCUAAUUAAAAAAUUACCUCCUGUUCUUGCUAUCCAACUGAAACGAUUUGACUAUGACUGGGAAAGAGAAUGUGCAAUCAAAUUCAAUGAUUAUUUUGAAUUUCCUCGAGAGCUGGACAUGGAACCUUACACAGUCGCAGGUGUUGCAAAGCUAGAAGGAGAUAACGUAAACCCAGAGAGUCAGUUGAUACAGCAGAAUGAGCAGUCUGAAAGUGAGACAGCAGGAAGCACAAAAUACAGACUUGUGGGUGUGCUGGUACACAGUGGCCAAGCAAGCGGGGGACAUUAUUAUUCUUAUAUCAUUCAGAGGAAUGGUGGAGAUGGUGAGAGAAAUCGCUGGUAUAAAUUUGAUGAUGGAGAUGUAACAGAGUGUAAAAUGGAUGACGACGAAGAAAUGAAAAACCAGUGUUUUGGUGGAGAGUACAUGGGAGAGGUGUUUGAUCACAUGAUGAAGCGCAUGUCAUACAGGCGCCAGAAAAGGUGGUGGAAUGCUUACAUACUUUUUUACGAACGACUGGAUACCAUAGACCAGAGUGAUGAAUUGAUAAGAUAUAUAUCAGAGCUUGCUAUCACCACAAGACCCCAUCAGAUUAUUAUGCCAUCGGCCAUUGAGAGAAGUGUACGGAAACAGAACGUGCAAUUCAUGCAUAACCGAAUGCAGUACAGUUUGGAAUAUUUUCAGUUUAUGAAAAAACUGCUUACAUGUAAUGGUGUUUACUUAAAUCCUCCACCAGGGCAAGAUCACCUGUUGCCUGAAGCAGAAGAAAUCACUAUGAUUAGUAUUCAGCUUGCUGCUAGGUUCCUUUUUACUACAGGAUUUCACACCAAGAAAAUAGUCCGUGGCUCUGCCAGUGAUUGGUAUGAUGCAUUGUGUAUUCUCCUUCGUCACAGCAAGAAUGUACGUUUUUGGUUUGCCCACAAUGUCCUUUUUAAUGUUUCCAAUCGCUUCUCUGAAUACCUUCUAGAGUGCCCCAGUGCAGAAGUGAGGGGUGCAUUUGCAAAACUUAUAGUUUUUAUUGCACAUUUUUCCUUGCAAGAUGGGCCAUGUCCUUCACCUUUUGCAUCUCCUGGACCUUCUAGUCAGGCUUACGACAACUUAAGCCUGAGCGAUCACCUACUAAGGGCAGUUCUCAAUCUCUUGAGAAGGGAAGUUUCAGAGCAUGGGCGUCAUUUACAGCAGUAUUUCAAUCUGUUUGUAAUGUAUGCCAAUUUAGGUGUGGCAGAGAAGACACAGCUUUUGAAAUUGAAUGUGCCUGCUACCUUUAUGCUUGUGUCUUUAGAUGAAGGUCCAGGUCCUCCAAUCAAAUAUCAGUAUGCUGAAUUAGGCAAAUUGUACUCUGUUGUGUCACAGCUGAUCCGCUGUUGCAAUGUCUCUUCAAGAAUGCAGUCUUCAAUCAAUGGUAAUCCUCCUCUUCCCAAUCCUUUUGGUGAUCCUAAUUUAUCACAACCUAUAAUGCCAAUUCAGCAGAAUGUGGCAGACAUUUUAUUUGUGAGAACAAGUUAUGUGAAGAAAAUCAUUGAGGACUGCAGUAACUCAGAGGAAACUGUCAAACUGCUUCGCUUUUGCUGCUGGGAGAAUCCUCAGUUCUCAUCUACUGUCCUCAGUGAACUUCUCUGGCAGGUUGCAUAUUCCUACACCUAUGAACUCCGGCCCUAUUUGGAUCUGCUUUUGCAAAUCUUACUGAUUGAAGAUUCCUGGCAGACUCACAGAAUUCAUAAUGCACUUAAAGGGAUCCCAGAUGACCGAGAUGGGCUGUUUGACACAAUCCAGCGCUCUAAGAAUCACUAUCAAAAAAGAGCAUACCAGUGUAUAAAAUGUAUGGUAGCUCUUUUUAGCAAUUGUCCUGUUGCUUACCAGAUUCUGCAGGGCAAUGGAGAUCUUAAAAGAAAGUGGACCUGGGCAGUGGAAUGGCUUGGAGAUGAACUUGAAAGACGACCAUACACUGGCAAUCCUCAAUAUACUUACAACAACUGGUCUCCUCCAGUGCAGAGCAAUGAAACAUCAAAUGGUUAUUUCUUGGAGAGAUCACAUAGUGCUAGGAUGACACUGGCAAAAGCUUGUGAACUCUGUCCAGAGGAGGAGCCAGAUGACCAAGAUGCCCCAGAUGAGCAUGAGUCACCUCCACCUGAAGAUGCCCCAUUAUACCCCCAUUCACCUGGAUCUCAGUACCAACAGAAUAACCAUGUGCAUGGACAGCCAUAUACAGGCCCAGCAGCACAUCAUAUGAACAACCCUCAGAGAACUGGCCAACGAGCACAAGAAAAUUACGAAGGCAGUGAAGAAGUAUCCCCACCUCAGACGAAGGAUCAGUGAAAUGCACAUAAUUAACUGGUUCCAUCAAGACUGUGCACCCAGGCCUUACAGUCCAACCUUUUUCUGUGUCUGGCUAAUAAUUUAAAACUAGAAAAACUAUUCCUAAUCAACACGGAGUGGAGAGUUUAUUCACUGUCUUAUCUGCAGAAAUUUGCUGUCAAUAUAUAACCCGCCUGCAGUGGAAAGUGUAUAGUGUUUUGUAAUAAAUGGCCUGAUGCUAAUGUGUAAAUGGCAAAGGUGUAUAUAGUAUAUUAAUGUUUGACUGUUAAUUCUUAAGCAAGAAACUUUUUUCUUGAGGAGACUCACAGAUCUACAAAAACUACAAAAGUUAAUUUUCUCGUUCUACCCACUGCACUCUGCAACCAGUGUUGCCUGCCUCGUGGCAGUUGGAUCUACUCCUUUACAAAAACAAAAAAAUAAACCAACAGCAACAAAACAGAGCCCAUCCAUGUCAACCACACCAAUAGUUUCAUGUUAAUUCUUUGCCACUGGAGUCAGUUUUACUAAGAGCAAUGAUGUAAGGCUGGUAACCUUUAAAUUAUUUGGUUGAUGUGGAAAAUUGGUGAUGUAACAUUGUUUCUAGAUCUUUUUCAUUGCCUUUUUAUUCUGAUACUAGGUUAAUCACUUUGAAGCUAUAGUUAUGCUGUAACAUUUAGCAUGGCUUCACACCAGGUUAGUGUAGCCAAUGAGGAAAAAUUUACCAUAAUGACAGCAGUUGUCCCAGUGUGACAGCUGUAUUGCUCAGAGCUUUUCCUUCUUACACCUAGAAUAUAAAUAUAAAACAAGGGGAGAAAUGUGAUAAAAGGCGGUUUUCAGUUACACAUAUGUUGCUUAUGUCUAAUGUUUGACAGUUCGAUUUCUGGGUGGGAUAAAGAAAUUUAAGUAUCAGUAAUGGGAAUUUUUAAAGAUUUAAAACAAAUAUGCAAAAAUUUGCUAUGCCAGAAUGCUUGGAGCAUAAUAGAAGACUGUAUUUGGUGUGCUUGUUUUGUUUCUUUGAUAGAGCUUAUUAGGUGAAUCUUCUAAAACUUUCCUUCUGCUGGACCCCAGUGAAGUGGAAGUCACCAGAGUCCCACAGUACUUGGAGCACCACUGCACCAAGAUGUUUAGCUGAGUUUCUGCUCAGUUUUACUUGAAAGCAAGAAUUGUCCUAGCUCCUUUUCCAUUAUUCCAAAACUUUGAAUGUUCGAAGCAGGGUCUGAUUAAAAAGGAAACUACUGGUUAGUUAAUCUAAUUGAAGUAUCAUAAUUUCAGCAUAAACAUUUAAUUAAAGAUAAGGAACUCAUUGGUUAAUACUGUAUUUAAAAGAAUUGGUAACUUGAAUGUGUGUAAUUUUUGGAACCUGUCUAAAAACCAAAUACCCCUGCAAACAGAUACAGUCCACCCUAUUCUAUUUAAAUAUUUUGCUGUUUUAUUUUAUAGAAAUUAUUUUGCUGAAUUCACAAAUAGAAUUUGAUUUACGAAGAACUUUUUGUCCUGUGGUGUGUUUUUGGUUUUGUUUUUGGGUUGGUUUUUUGGUUUUUGUUUUUGUUUUUGUUUUUGUUUUUUAAUUCUUUGUCCAUUUUUAUUGUUUUUGUUUUUGUUUUUUGAAGGACUGCAUAAUAAAAUUAAUUCUGUGCAUAGCCUGCUUAGGCAUGACACUGAAUUCAGGAGUUCAGUCGCAUUGAGCUUUUGUGCACAGAAAGAUCUGACCUUAGGCCCUUGACUAAAGAUUUAGAGAAAACAGGAUGUUGACACUGUAAAAGUUUCCUAACAUAAUCAAUCUUGUACUUUUUGUAUGUUUUUUAUAUACAUGUAUAUUUAAUGAGCACAAGCUUGGUUGUAUUUUUUACAAUUUAGUUAAUAGGAAAAUGUUUUGUCAAAAAGGCUAUAGUUGGAACUGAACAAAGCAGAAACAAAAUUGAGAAUUGCUUUAUUUUGUGAUUAAAAGGGGCAGGUAUUUAAGAUAAAGCUUUGGGUAUCUUAUUUGCAGUACUCUCUAGUCCAUCUAUGCUUUUAGGUUUUCUGUAAUAUUAGGAAAUUUUGACACGAGAUAGAUCCUGUUUUUACCUUAAGUAUAUUACAUCCGAGUUUGUUAAGUUUGAGCAGAAGUCCUACACACUGUUUGCAAUUCCAAUUGGUGGUUUUAAUUCCAAAGUUCCUCAUUUCCAGGCUUCCUUAGCAAUGAACAAAAUAGGUUCACUUUAUUUGGACAAUUUGCUAUCCUUAAAUACACCAUCUCACCAGAUGGGAGGUUGUUUUUGUAUUUCCCGCUCCUUAACAAAGUAUGUGAUGUACUUAAUUUAAAAACUUGAAUGACUUCCUAGACCCGAAAAACUUGACAUUUGAAAAGGCUGUGAAUUUUUCUCCCUCUAAGGAGAUCCCACUUUGGUUGCUUUGGAUUGACAAUUCCCCUUGUGCCUGGUGAGGGCUUGUGAAUCCUUUUCCCCUCCAUUUGAGGAAGAGCCAUCUGUGCUAUGUCCAGGAUCGAGGGAAAGUGAACAGGGAGAUUUAUUUUUGUGCGAAUUAUUUUCUCUAUUUAACUUCUUAAGCAUUAACAUAUAAGCGGAAAUUUUAAGGCGCAUGUUAUUAUAAGAGCAACAGUAAUGGUGGUGUUGAGGUCUUUUCUGAACAUCAAUGGCACAUUUUAAACUUCCAAGUCUUCAAAGUGCCUAAAGAUUAUUUAAUUCUCAACUGAUUUCUUGAGCCAUAUAUAUAAUUCCUACUUUAAAUGUUUGUUCCAGAAUCACUAGUCUUCCUUUCAAAGAAGUACCCCCACGAGUCUAAAUGGCAUGAUUACUUCAUAGAAGACCAUAGAAUCUGUUAACACAAAGAGUAAAGCUAUUUUUGUUGUUAAUCUGUGAACAAGGGCUUGGCCCUGUUGGAUCUAAGUAUUUCGUGCACAACUUGGUAAAAACCAUAUUGCUGCUGUUUCUAAGCCCUCCACCAACCAAAUUGUCGUGCUCGGCAGUGUAGAGGCAGAAAUAACAUAAAUCAUAUUUUGGGGUUUUUGUCUUUGAUUUUUCUCUGAUAGUUUCCCAAUCUUGUGUCUUUUAGCUGUUAUAUAUACAAAUUUAGAAUUAUUAAAAUGUUUUAUAUUUUUUUCACAAUUAACUUUUAUUAGUGAAUGAUAAGUAUUUAAUCCUAGUAGUGGUUAAAAAGAUGAGGAGCCUUUUUUAUUGAAGCUACGUUUGUAAAUGAAAGCAACAGUCUGUGAAUUUUCAGAUGACUACUCCAGCAAAAUAGUUCCUUUCACUUUUUUCCCUUGGUAUUUUUCCAGCUUCUGUUCUCCCAUGAACUCUUUGCUGAAUUUUGUGGUUAAUUUGGUGGAUAUAUCCUGCCUUAUUUAGAAUUCUAACUGGAUAAGAAAAUUGCCUUUUCCUUAUAAGUGCCCAACUUUGGUCUCUAGCUGGAAGGUACUACUACAUACUUUAGAGAAAGGAAAACAACCUCCUUCCCGCCCACCCCGGUUUUGUGUUACUGAGAGAAAAAAAAAAAAAUUCAGUGCUGGUUUUGUAGUAGUGCUCAACCAAAAUUGGUCCUGCACCUACAUGACUGUUGAGUGUUUGAAAAUAAGGUUUUGGGUGUGAUACAUCACUACAAAAAGUGCUAAAUGUGUUAAUAAGAACUUGCUGCCGACUGUAUUUAUAACAAUUAUUUUACAUUUGCAAAAAUGUAGCACUUUUCCUCCAAAUUUCAUAGGUGUAAGAAAAAAGGGGGAAAGGUGCACCAUGUUUUAAACUGCAAAUAAUUUUUUUUGAAAUCCAGAUUCCCCAAAGGAAAUUCACCACCCAGACCACACACUUCUCAGCCUUUUACAAGCCAACAGACUGACUGAAGAUUGUCCACAGUUCCUAAGAUUUAGCACAUAUACAAAAAUAAAACUUUAUAAAUUAAA